ACAACAAAAGUCAUGUUAACAUAUAACCUCGUGUAAUGUGUGUUAGUCAAAAUCAAAAUAUUUUUUAGUUCAUUAUAAUCUAUGAAGAAUAUGAUUUUUAUUUUUUUUUUAUAAUAAUAACUAAUGGAAAUGGGCAUGGAUAAUAAUUCGACAAAUUCAAUCCCUAAAUUGAAUUGGGAUGAAUUAAAGGGUAGUAUAAAUCCCGAAAAUAUAAGUAAAUACGAAAGUAGUAUAUCACAAGUAAAUGAUGUAUUAGAUGCUUUUUUUAUGAAUAAUGUUUAUGAUAAACUGACUGUAGCUGAACAAAUUAAAUAUGAUUUAUUUGCUAGUUACGCGUUAUGUUCUUUACACUGGAUAUACAUGAGGAACAUUGGCAAAUGUCCUGUAAAAAAUGGAUUAAAACAAGAGCUAGACAAAAUUAAGGAAUAUUCAAAUCGAUUGCAAGUUAUUGAAGAUCGUAAAAAUCGGCCCAAAAUACAGAAAGAUGCCGCAAAACGAAUGGUUAAACAUGAAUUAUGGCAAAAUGAUGUUCCUAAUAAAAAAAUUAAAUUUUCUGACGAAUAAAAUUUUGUACAAAAAAAAAAAAUUAUUGUAGAGUUUUGAACCAUGGAUUUUUAUAUUGAAUAUAGUGCAAAUGUAUGAUUUUUCAAAAUAGGCUAAUCAAAUGAAAAGUUUUCGAAUAAUUAAUUUCCAACAAGCUGGAAAUUGUUUUAAUACCUUUAUCGAAUCCUAAAUGCGUGAAAUCCCAGCUUGCGCAAUUGCUUAGUCCGAGUUUGCGCAGUUGCAUACCUCCUGGGAUUGUGCAAACUCGAAUUACAUUCAUUUAAGACCAAAUAAAGGUUAUAAAACGACUCCCAGCUUACUGGUAAUUAAUUCCUCAAAACACUUUUUAUGGACUUUAUUUGAUUAGCUUAAAGAGCACAUGGUAUUUAAUUUAUGGUAUUUAAAAAAGUAAAAC